CGCUUUUCGAGCGAAUGAAACUCCGGUUACCAGUGCAAUAAACCAAAGCCCGGCCGUUGGUGGUUAACUCAGAAAAGAACACAGAUUUCGAAAGACCGCUACGGGGAAAUCGGUUGGCAGACCGCUAAAGAGUAUAAAAGCGCUUCCCAGCCGCAAGCGGAAGUUAGUGAGCGGAAGAAGAACAUGGAAGCCGAUCCGCCGACGCUUAAGCUGCUGUUCCUCUGGACAUGUCUGGCCCUCGGCCUUUUGUCACCUGCAGGAGCGAGUGGAGCAGGGCAAGUGGCCAGAGGCAAUUCCGGCGAGCAGCUGCACCGCACCAAACGAACCAUGACAACCAUCUGCGUCGAGAUCAGACCCAGUAGCCCGCAGGACGAGCCCUACUAUAUGUGCCGGGGUGCCAGCUUCGGAGCCGAGGGUGGCCAGCAGCGGUGCGUGGCGGUGAAGAACCAAGGCGGCCAGGAGGAGCCCUUCUUCAUGUGCCGCGGCUCCGAGUCCGCGGGACCCGCUGGCCAAGACCUUCCUCCGUCGGAGCCUUCGCCACCGAUGAACCCCCACCCAGCCGCUCAGCCCGAGUCCGCCUACAACUUUCAGUUCCUCCCCGCCUGGGGGGGCGGGGCAUAUCCACAGCAGCCCCUUCCGAACGUUCAGCCAGCGAGUCCGCCGCCGUACCAGGAGAAGCCCCCCAGCCAGCCUCCUCCUGCGCAGCACCAGCCCGCGAUCCCCUACGGGUUCUACGGACACCACGUGGCUGCCCCUUCGCCUGCACCUGCGGCGCAGUCGCCUGGCCUGCCGGGACUUUAUCAUCCAGCUGUGGGUAGCCCGCCAGCAGCUCCACCGGGAGCUCCAGCUGGCCCAAGCCCAGCGGCCCCGCCCGCUCCGCAUGAUCCUGCAGCGACUCCGAGGUCGUCGGUCCGGUCCAACGGGUUCGGGGUAGUCGGAAGUAGUCGCCAUCGAGUUGGUUUCGGAGAAGACGUGCUGGGCGCGCCGGGGCUGGGAUUUAAACGGGACGAGCUCAGCCAUCAGUACCGCAGGCCUCUGAGUGAACCCUACCAGCAAGAUCAACUGAUGUGGGUGCCGCUCUCCCACACGGAGGACCCCGAAAACGAUCCUGUUAUGAGAGCUUUCUACGGCAGUUUGGCCGGAGCGCGGGCCCCAGCCGAGGAGGUCCCACAACCGGUGGGAAACAAGCGGGAGCACUCGGACGCGAUGGUGGGACAAAUGGCGACCGCCUACAGUCCCCACAAUGGCCAAUACCCGGAACCUGGGCCUCCGCCAACGCUGCCGCCUCCUCCUCCGACGUACUCCCAACCCGAGCCCAACCCGUACUGCUCCGGAUGCGGCGUCCCUUCUCCCCUCCAGUGCCCAGCUCCACCGGAUAACGGGGUCAGCUACAGCACCGCCUGCCCAAGCUUCCAGCCGGUCAUCAUCACCAUGCCCUGCUAUGGACAACGGCCGCCGGCCCCCUUCUUCCAGCUGCCCAGAGCGCCUCCAGCCAUGGUGGGAGCUCAACCCAUGGGCCCCGCCUUUGGACUGAAUUCCGCACCUUUGGCGGCUCCCUUCGGAGGCGGGUUCGGCGUGGGGAGUCAGCUGCGAAGCCCCUUCGGAGUGACUCCCCAGGGCUACGACAUGGAGCACCAGGUGGGCGGGCCCUUCGGCAUGGGAAUGCAGUUGGGCAUGGGCCUCAACCCGUUCGGCCCCUUUGGAGCCCUGAAUCCGUUCAAUCCCUUUAACAGAAUGCUGGGAGCUCCGGCUCCCACGGCCCCGGAGCCCAACGGAAACUUCUUCCAGCGGGUAUUCAAGUUCGACCAGAGCGAUGCCAGCUCCACGACCACAGAGGCGGCACACUCCUCCGAGGCUCACUCCGAAAGAUCGGGGAGACUGAACUUCUCCAGCAGCACCCCAUCGCCUGCCAGCCGGGAACGGGAUCGGGAUCAGGCCGAUGCCAUCGUGGGCGACGCUGAGCAGGGCACUGAGGACGAGGACUCCGACGAGGCCAUCGACACGGAGGAGGACCAGGCGGUGACCACCCCGGAGGCAGACGUAUCUGGAGGCGACCCCAAGGUCGAGGACCUCGUUAGCAAGGCGGCGGAGCUACUCAAGAACGACAAACGCAAGCGGCACAACCCGCGUUCCAGCGGACGCGUUCCCCAGAAGCACAGGUACCUGCAGCAGCUGUAGCCACUUCGCUCGUAAACGGAUUGGGUGACAGAUCCCCUGGGAAUAGCCGCCACAUGGGAGGAGUUCACCACGACACUGUGUGUACAACAAUUGUGCUAGAUUAAGUCCCUUGAAGCAAAUAAAGUGUAAUUUAUAUUUGAAA